AUGAAUUUCGAGAGGAACUCAUCGCAACCAAUCACCCUACAAAAACCGCCAGAAAGCAUUCCCGGCUUCAGCAUGAUGAAGAGAAAAGCUGAGAAACAGCAAGCUGCAGCUCCGGUCAGUGCAUUCGCGGCGCGCAAAGCCCGAAUGCAGCAGACGCAGACUGUAAUAGUUACGGAGAAAGCUGCACAUGCGGAAUCGACUACGGAACCGCCGUCUAAACGUCCGCGACGCUCACUUGAGGAGACACAGCCGCAACCGAGACAGGAUGCACAGAAGCAAGUUGCGAAGCGGGGGACUGUGAAGGCUCCGAAGGUCACGCAAACAACAGUUCGGAACGGAACCCGAACAGUCCGAACGAGGAAGAUCGAAGAUGUCGUUGCUGAUGGGAGCGGAAAUCAGAGUUUGUCAGAGGAGUCGGAAGAAGACGUGCUGGAGGAGAAUGCCGCUGUGAUGGCUGCCCCUGAAACUGAGGAUGGCUAUGAGUCUCCUGUCGACACACCAGCUCUGGCGAUGGAGUUUCCGUUGUCAAAGACCCGAUUGAACAAGAGCAAUAUUGUCUACAGCGACGAACAUACCCUCUGCGUCCGCAUACGAGAAAAGAUGAGCAUGGUAAUCAUCGGACAUUACGACCUCUGGGUGAAACGGGGAGUUGUGAGCUUGAUGGGUGCCAAAUUGCACCCCUCACCUCGAGUCUACAGGGUCUACGCCCCUUCAACGCAUUCGCUUCCUGUGAUAAAGUGUGUCUCCGGCGUCGAUGGAGCAGCGGAGGUCGAGUUCAGGUCGUGUCACAGCGGAAUCUACCGUCUUAGAGAUCUAUCGCAUCUCUAUCAGCGGAUAUGGAAUGGCGCAAACACCCCAGCAGACAAGCUCAGUCUCAAACAUGUGGAGCAAAGCACGACAAGGACAUUCUCAGUGCUCCACACAUCGGCAGACGAUCCCCUGAAACGCCAUCUGCGGCCACUGCACCUGGAAAAACAGUGGAGCGCGGCUAUCAAAACCCUAUCUCAACGCGCAGGCCGACUUCAGGUCCUCGUUUGCGGCCCUAAGUCUUCUGGAAAAUCGACCUUCAGCCGCUAUCUUUUAAACCACCUCCUCAGCCCAGCUCCCCAGACAGAAUCGAAUUACUACAACACCGACGGCGUCGCCUUUCUAGACCUCGACCCCGGCCAGCCCGAGUUCUCCCCCAUGGGCCAAGUAUAUCUCGCCCACCUUCGCUCCCCCGUCUUCGGACCACCCUUUACUCACCCGUCGUUGAACAAUAACCGCGAUGGAGCCAUCAUCCGCGCCCACCACAUCGGCGCAACGUCCCCAAAAGAAGACCCGGAUCAUUACGUGCUUGCCGCCACAAACCUCAUGGAACACUAUCGCGCUCUCUUAGCAACAUACCCGCAAUGCCCCCUCAUCAUCAACUACCCCGGCUGGAUCUUCGGUCUCGGCCUCGAGGUCGCGACAUACCUUGUCCGCUCGCUCGGCCUCUCAGACGUGGUCUAUAUGAGCGACAAGGGACCCAUGGAGGUCGUCGAACCGCUCAGACAGGCCGCAGGGACCGCCAGAACUCCCUUGACGAUUCUCCCCUCGCAGCCCACGGAAUUCGUGAGCAGAUCCAGCGCACAGCUCCGCGCGAUGCAGAUGCAGUCGUACUUCCACAUGUCGCAGCCAAAGGAGCUGAACCAGCCUGUCUGGCUGGAAAAGCCGGUCUUCAAGACCCGCCCGUUCCACGUCCGCUACAAGGGCCCGAACCAGGGUAUUCAUGGGAUCAUGGUUCUGGGUUCCCAAAUCGGCCCUGAUCUCCUCGCCGAUAGCCUCGAGGGUUCCGUCCUCGGCGUCGUGGCUGUUGAAUCCCCAAAUGCGCUCCCGACACCUCCAGACAACCAACCCUCCACCGAAGAAAAGGAACUCACUGGCCGCAACGAGGACGUUGACAUCGAAAUGACAAGCAACCCCGACGACUCAACCCAACCCAUAUCAACAUCCACAUCACCAAUCCCCACCCUCACCUCCCAAACAACUCCUACAAAAGAAAACCUCCCCUACCUCCUUCCACCCCCCGGAACCGGAACCAGCACACCACUCCACCCAUCAUCCUCAACCUCCCUCGGCCUCGCCCUCAUCCACAGCAUAAACCCGACCAACAACACAAUCGCACUCAGCACACCAAUCCCACCUUCGCGGCUCCGCCAAUCCCUUGAACAGGGCCACGCGCUCGUCCUCGUCCGUGGAAUGGUCGAUAACCCGAACUGGGCUGUUAGCGAGGGGUACGUUUCGGCCAAGGCUGCGGAGCGGAGGGCGAGGAGGGCGCUUAAGUCUGGAAGUGCGGGUGAUGGGGACGAUGAAGGUCGGGAAGAUAGGGCGGGUCAAGAGGCGGCUCUCGCUAGGGCGAAGGAGAGGGUUCGUCGUGCCAAGAAUGCGCCGUUCUUGACUGUUGUUGAGGAUCAUGGAAGGAGGAGGCAAGAUGAGGUUGAGAGGGAGAGGAGGGGAGGGUUGUGGAAGUUGAGGAAGAAGGCAGUUGUUGAGGAGGAGAGUGAGGUGGGUUAUUGA